UGCAAAUAUGGCGGACCCGUUGAGUUUACUGCGGCAAUACAAUGUUAAUAAGAAGGAGAUUAUCGAGAGGGAGAAUCAGAUCAUCUUCGGGGAAUUUUCCUGGCCCAAAAAUGUGAAAACUAACUAUUUGACUUAUGGCUCCGGAAAAGAGGGCACCCCCAAGGAGUACUACACCCUGGAGUGCCUCCUCUUCCUCCUGAAGCAUGUCCAGCUCACGCACCCGGUGUACGUCCGGCAAGCGGCGGCGGAGAACAUCCCGGUGGUGCGUCGCCCGGACCGAAAGGACCUCCUGGCGUACCUCAACGGCGAGACCGCGACCUCCGCGGCGAUCGACAAGUCCGCACCCCUGGAGAUACCGACGCAGGUGAAGCGGAGCGCGGAGGACGGCCUCGACAGCGGCCUCCUGAAGAAGCCUCGCUUCGAGGAGACCCACGUGCAGAAGGUGAAGGAGCAGCUGGCGGCUCGGCUGGACGCCCCGAAGGAGGCCUCGGUCACCGUCGACAACAUAAAGUCCCUCUCCGAGGCGAUGUCAGUGGAGAAAAUCGCGGCGAUAAAAGCCAAACGACUGGCGAAAAAGCGAACGACAAUAAAGGAGAACGACGACAUCGGAAUGGGCUCGGACCUGCGGGUCAUCCUGGACAUGGACGUGGACGACACCAAGGACAUCGUCUCCAGGGAGCGCCAGUGGAGGACUCGCGCGACGAUCCUCCAGAGCACCGGCAAGAUCUUCGCGAAGAACAUCUUCGCAAUUCUCCAGAGUAUAAAGGCGCGGGAGGAGGGACGGCAGAAGGGGCCGCCGGCACCGACGCCGAUGACGACGCCGAGGGCAACCCCCAUGCGGCCGCUGCCGCAGCCGGCGGUCUACAACCGCUACGAUCAGGAGAGAUUCAUCCGGCAGAAGGAGGAGACCGAGGGCUUCAAGAUCGACACCAUGGGCACCUACCACGGAAUGACCCUGAAAUCGGUGACCGAGGGGACGAAUCCAGCUGUACGGAAAAUCCCACCCUCCAGCGCCUCCGCCAUUCCCACGUCAGGACUUUUGCCCACGUCAGCGGCCAAACUCACGCCGGGGCAGGCCGCGCAGAACAAACGACCGAGCAGAACUCCCAUCAUCAUAAUUCCGAGCGCCAACACAUCGCUGAUCACCAUGUACAACUCCAAGGACAUCCUCCAGGACCUCAAGUUUGUGUCGAGCGACGAGAAGAGGUCCGCCGGGUGCAAGAGGGAGAACGAGAUUCUCCUGCAGAGGAGGAAGGAGGGGGGACUCACUGUGCCUUAUCGGGUCGUUGAUAAUCCGCAGAAGCUGGGCAACAGCGACUGGGAGAGGGUGGUCGCGGUUUUCGUCAUGGGGCCUGCCUGGCAGUUCAAAGGCUGGCCCUACGAUGGCAAUCCCGUGGAGAUAUUCUCGAAAAUCUGCGCCUUUCACAUCAAGUAUGACGAGAUGAAACUCGACGCCAAUGUCGCGAGGUGGGCCGUCACCGUUAUUGAGCUCAGCCGGACCAAGAGGCAUCUCGAUAGGGCGGCUUUGAUGAUGUUCUGGGAGCAUUUGGAUAAGCACAUGAUUAAAAACAAACCUCUCCUGCGAUUCUAAUUCUUCAACCCGAGGAGCUCUCCACUGCGUGUCAUGAUACUAGGAUAGUCUUUUCUCCGUCGUUGAGGUUUACAGAUAUCAGAAAUUCAUAUAAGUAUUAUAUGUUGCAUUUGUGAUUCAGGAGUGAUUAGCAGGGUAUCACAGACAGAAGUAGCUUCCUGUUAGCCUGGAAGACAUGGGAUUCCACGAAUUCCCAGUGACUCCACGUUUUACUCAUCUCUCAUUUUAACUUGUCGACUUGCAUUUCGUCUUCGCAUACAUCACUUUUAGGUAUUAACGUAACAAUUGUAAAUAGUGAAUUCACAGAUUUGUACAUAUGAGAACUGAUUUAUAAAGAAGAA